AGCUACCGCACCCAAACACAAUAUAUUGUAAGGCCUGGUGUUGGUAGUGGGUAUUGGCGUCUGAGCGGUGGGAGCUGGGCCAUCGGGGCAGCGAACACCAUUUUCAUAGCUGGGAUCGCGGCCAAAGGGGGCGAGGACAGCAGUGCAUAGCUGGUGCGGUGGUCAUUGCGGGGACCGGGACAGCAGGGUUUAUAGCUGGGACAGCACUUCGAGGCUGGGAAAGCAGGGAGGGUUUAGAGUUUUAGUUUGAUAUGUCUGGAACGGAGGAGGACGCAACUCUGAGCGCGAGGUUGGAUGAGGCGCUACGAGCUAUAGAGGAGGCCAAGGCUGAGACGAAGGAGGCCAAAGCUGAGACGGAGGAGCUUAGGGCAGCACAGCGGCGGUCUGCGGGUGCACCUGCCGGCAGCAGCUCAGGAGGCGACGGUCUAGUUGCUCCUGGAGGGGCUUCAUCUGCACCGGUGAGGCCAAUGUGGCCAGGCGGGGUGAGUCAUGAUGGCGGUACUGGGGUGCCGGGCUUGCCUCUGGGAGGUACAAUUGUCAGAACUCCUGUGCCUAGAAUCCCGCCUAAUUGCACCGCCGACACUUUUCUCAGUUGGCGGAGACGCUUUCUGGCCUACGUGGACAACCACAAUCUCCAGCACACAAUCUUCGGCAGUGCUGAGGUUCCCGUUGUCAGUUGUCAGGAUGAAGGAUACUUGACACGCCAGUAUGGUGCACAGCUGGUUGUUGAGCACAAGAGGACAUGGAGUUUUAUCUUGGAGGCAGCGGUGGGGGCCCCAUUUGAGAACAACCUGUACUCUUGCCAUUCCGUGGCAGAGGCGUGGAGGAUGAUGGAGGAUUGGUAUUUGCCGAACCACCCAGCUGAUUGUCAGCUCCUCGUCGCCGAGCUAGAUAAUAUAACCAUGAGUGAUGAUGAGGACCCCAAGCUUUUCUUCUCGCGCGUCGCACAACUGGAGACCAAGUUACGGGCUGUGGGCAUUGCUAAGAGUGACCAGGAAGUUGUGCAGAUCCUUGUGCGCCAACUCCCCGCACGCUACGAUGUCGAGAAGCGCACUAGUCUUUCCAAGCGUGAUUUAACCCGCGCUGAGUUGCAGGACGUCGUGCGUGGUCGAUAUGCCACGCUCAAGGCCAGCGAGAUGAGGGAGCGAGGGUCGGCAGCUUUGACGCCGGCGGUUUCUGUCAACCCCCAUGCUCUUGUUGUGGGCCGUGGUUUUGGACACGGCGGCAACGGGGGGAGCGGGGGGGGCGGAGGCCAACGGCGGAAUGGCAACAACUGCGACGGCCGCGGGCAACACUGGUCCUCUGGGGGCGGUGUUGUCCAACAGCAACAGCCGCAGUUGCAGGUGCAGCAAUACCGGCAGCCGCAACAGCCGCAGCGACACAUGCAACAGCCGAACCAACAGCCGCAGCGGCAGGUGCAACAGUCGUACCCACAGCCGCAGCAGCAGAUGCGACAGCAGCAGCCGUACCAACAGCAGUCGCAGAUGCAGCCGUACCGGCAGUCGCAGCAGCAGCCGCAGCAGCAGCGGCAGCAGCAACAGCCCGCUUUGAACGGUGUUGGUGGCAUCUACGAUUGCGGUAGUAAUGCCGUGUAUCAUCAGCCGGAAUCACUACCUCCACCUGGCGCGCCGAUGGGCACAGUGCACAGAUGCGGCCGCUGUGGAAGGCACGGUCACCACGCCAUAGAUUGCGCCGCCCCCCGCAGCGGCGGCGUGGAAGGUGAAAAUGGCGGCGGCAGCGGUGGUAGUGACGCGGCGGGAGCGGGCCCUGAGGCGCUUGGCAACGGCGAGGGUACCUUCGGUGGCGGUCUCUUCGCGAUGCACCUUGUCUGUUCCGUUACCUCAUCCCCCCCCGUGCGCGAACCAUCCGACCUUUUCCCACAUCGCCCGGGUUCGACGGUCUUCCUUGGAGACACCGGCGCCGUAGUCCACGUGGUCCCUUCUGGGGAAAAGGUGUACAACAGGCGCCCGCCGCUCCCGGAGGAGCGACUACUCAUGCUUGGCGACGCUCUUCACUCCUCCCUCGGUCAUGCCAAUUCCAAGACGCUGUACGAGACUGCCAAGCAGAUGGGUAUCAAGGUGACCGGCACUCCGGAGUACUGCGAUGGAUGUGCGGAGUCGAAGGCGAUUCAGCGCUCGGUCCCCAAGGUCAUCUCCCCCUCCCGCCGGACGACGCGGCCUAUUGAGCGUGUCGCGAUGGACCUAGCCGAUCCGUUCGGCCAAUCCAGCGGCGGUGCGAACAUGGCGUCCGCCACGAACUACCUGAAACAAGGAUACGUCCCGUUUAGCGGGAAGCCGGAAGAUUUCCACGGCUGGAGUGGCCUGUUCUACUCCAUCAUGGAUGAGCAAGGAUUAGGCGACAUCAUGGCUGGGACGGAGACCGCCCCGGCAUCGGCGGCCAGCAGCGCGGAUUCGGAUCGUGCUGCGUUCGACAGGACGACGCUGGAAUUCAAACGUAAGAACGGCAAACUGUACACACGGUUAAACUUUGCUACGUCCGACUGCGCCGAUGGAUUCUCGAGCACUGCUUCCCAAGUCGUUCGAGCCUUCGGCCCCGCUCGCGUUGGUGAGCAUGGGGACGGACGUGCGGCAUACGUUGCCCUAGAAGCGAAGUACCGCCAGAAGGGCACCUAUCGGAUGCAUGAACUGCAGCGAGAGUUAGGAUCACUUGCGGUCACUGCCGAGGACGAUUACGACCCGGCGCGUGCAAUCCAAGACUUGCGUCGUAUCAGUUCCGAACUCGAGUCACUUGGAGACAAGGUCGUACCAGCCCGCCAGACGCAUAUCUUGUUGAACGCGCUUCCUGACCAGCACUACGCCCAACUUAAGGCCGCGCUGGUGUGCGGACAAGCCGAUGGCUCGGAGUUGGAUCUUGACUUCGAAAAUGUCGCGCACCGAGCGACCGCGUACCAUACACUGCAGAUCAGGGGGAAGGUUUCUGCCCACGGCCGUGCCCACAACACGGUCGUGCACGGGGGUGCACGUAGUUUCCGUAAGCAAGGCGGACGUGGCGGACGCGGCGGACGCAACCGCCAAGGCAAUGGCAGCCAACCGACCGGAGACAACGGCAGCAGCGGCUCCUCCGCCGGAAAUUCCAGAGGCGAUAGCCCUGGAGGCGCGCAAGAUGUGCGCGGGCGAGGCCGCGGCAACAAGUCCAAUAAAGGCGGAAACAAAAGUCACCAAAAGGGCCGAGACCGUCAGGGACGCUGCAAGUACUGCCACAACUCUACAGAGCACGGAUGGGACGGCUGCCCCCUUCGCCUGGAGAACGUGCGAGAGGAUAACGCCCAACAGGCGAAUGCCGCCGCGCCGGAACCGUCCACGCAGGCAUGGUUCACCCGAGUCGAGGAAUCCAGCGGUGAGCCGGAGGACUUUUCCAUCUCGUUUGGAGAACCGCAGGCACUGGAGAUGCCUGCCGCGGCGCUGCCGGAGAAGCGCGCCGCCGUGGGCGUGCAGGAAGGUCUUGUCAUCUACGAUCCGCAGGCACUGGAAAUGCCUGCCGCGGCGCUGCCGGAGGAGCGCGCUGCUGCUGAGGAGGAGGUGCCGGAGGCGCCUGUUGCGGCGCUGCCAGAGGAGUGCGCUGCUGAUGAUGCGCAGGUGCUGGAUGCGCCUGCUGUGGCGCUGCCCGAUGAGCGCGCUGCUGCUGAGAAGCAGGUGGCGGAGGCGCCUGCCGCGGCGCUGCCAGAGGAGCGCGCUGCCGACGAUGAGCAAGUGCUGGAUACCCCUGCUGUGCCGCUGCCCGAGGAGCGUGCUGCUGAUGCUGCUAGUGACGUUCAGGUGCAGAACCCGCUUGCUGAUGCAACAGAUAUAGUUGCCUACACCAGUGUGUACCAGGUUAAGGACGAGUCCGCCAGGAGCACCAUUAUGUUCGUAGACACAGCAGCGUCUAGCCACAUGGUUAGCGCGGAUUCCUACGCAUCUCGCCACGUGACCGAGAAGUCGGACUGCAACGUGAGGAUCAAAGGUUCGUGUGGAACGUCGAGCGCGGCUCAGAAAGGUAUCCUGCGUUUCGGCAUCUCAAACGACCGGAACCAACUCGUCCCGGUGGAGCUACAAGUACUACUGGUUGACAACCUAGGAGCGAACAUCCUCUCGGUCGGAGCCCUGAAGGAAAGGGGGGUGAUGUGCGAUCUUCUGUCUACUCCUCCAGCACUCCGUAGCAGCGAUCAGGCCUUCCCCAUCUCCACGGAGAUUUCGCGGAUGUACAGCGUGAACAUUGUCCUCGACGACAUGAGGAUGGACGGGACCGCGAUGCUGCUCAAGACGAAGGUGAAUGCACACAUGUGGCACCGGAGGAUGGGCCACUGUAAUCCGCGCGCCCUCCAGCAGCUGGCGAGGAAGGAGCAUUCUGGGGUUAAAUUUGACCAAAACAUCGAGUCUGGCGACUGCGAGGUAUGUGCUGUCGGCAACAGCAAGAAGUCUAGUCACCCACCGGCUAACCGACCUCGCGCCGGCACUCGUCUUGCGCUCUUGCACGUAGACACCUGGUCGCACUCCGUAAAAUCUCUCGGUGGACACAAGGGUGCGGUGAUGUUCACGUGUGACAAUACCCGCAUGAGGUUUGGUUUUCCCAUCAAGAGCAAAGAUGCAGCUGCUGAGGCGCUGGAAACUGUUGUCAAGGAGGAAGCCGACCCGGAAGGACUGUGUAUCACCACGCUACACUGCGACGGAGGGGGCGAGUUCAAGGGAAGGUUCGCGGCGCUGGCAGCAUCACUUGGAAUCAAAAUCGAGACCAACGCCCCGUACAUGCCUCAAGGCAACGCCGUCGCCGAGCGUGGCUUUGGCACGGUCGCAGCCAUAACGCGGCGCCUUCUUCUUGGGGCACCUCAUCUACCGGAGAGUCUGUGGGCCGAAGCGUUCCAAUACGCGAUCUAUAUACUGAAUCGCACGCCUACGGACGUCUUGGGCGGCAAGGCACCACUUGAGGUAUGGGAGAACAAACCGCUUGGCAGCUUGCACCACAUCCGCGAAUUCGGUUCGGUAUGCUUUAAGCACGUGGAAGCGGGGGACAGGCCCAACAAACUGGCUGCCAGGGCUGAGAAGAUGUUUCUGGUCGGUGUCAACCCUAAAAGCCGGUCGUGGAGGCUAUGGUCCCCUCGUGACAAGUUUAAGAUCACCAACUCCGCCGAAGUUUCUAUUCGCGAGAAAGCCCCGCGCGACGUGGUUCCCCCCAAGGCAGGGCAUGAUCCGCUGCCAGAGACUCCAAUGAUUUACCAUCCCGGUCCGGAAGAGUCUGAUGACGACGUCGACAGUGUGGUGGAGCCACAAGACGAGCAGAAGGAUAACGAGCCGGAGCCCACGCCUCAGGCGCAAGAGCCGGGCCCCCGUCGCAGCACCAGGAACCCCAAGCCGACUGAACGUCUGAACCUGUUUACCUUUGCCACGGAGGAGGAGGCCUUCGAGCAAGUGGAACGCUCCCUGCUCACCGGAAGCUCGCUUGGCAACAACGGGACUGGCAACCCUGGCGAAGUGGGCUACAGGGCUCCCGACCCUUCGAGCUACGACGAAGCGAUCCGUGGGCAGGAUGCUCUAGACUGGCAAGAGUCCAUGCGGAACGAAAACCAGUCGCUUGUCGACCUUGAUGUGUACGACUGGGUCGAGCCGCCGACGAGUGCCCAGGACCAGCCGAUCCCGUCAAGGUACCUUUAUAAGCGGAAGUACAAGAAUGGCGAGCUUGCUCGACUGAAGAGCCGCGUUGUGGUCCAAGGCUUUCACCAAGCAGACACGGGCGAGGAUAAAGCGGCGCCUGUGGCGUCCAUGGAAUCCGUCCACCUGCUGAUUGCUAUCGCAGCCAAGAAUGGUUUUGGCCUGAAGCAAGCCGAUAUCAAGACGGCAUUCCUCCACGCGCGGGUUCCUGCAAAUGCGAAACCGAUCUACGUCAUCCCUCCGAAAGGGUUCGAGUGCUCUCCGGAACAACAGGGAAAAGUGUGGCGACUCAAGGCGUGGCUCUACGGGCUGCGCCUCUCUCCGAAGGGCUGGAACGGCACCUUCCACGACUUCCUGCUGGAGAUCGGGUUCGUUCAGAGUACGGCGGACCCCUGUCUCUACAUCCUUAACGCGGGAGGGGUCCUCCUUCUCGUGUACGUCGACGACAUUCUUUUGUCGGGAAGCGACGAAGCGCAGGUGAUGCGGGUCGUCGAGCAGCUGAAGGAGCGGUUCGACACAGUGUUCCUGGGAGAUGCACAGUUCCUGCUCGGUAUGGCACUUGAGAGGAACGUCGACGCCGGAACGAUCUUCCUGUCGCAGGAGAUGUACGCGAAGGCCGUACUUGACAAGUUCGGAAUGGCCGACGCGCACUCUACGAAGACGCCUGCGGAGGCUGGGCCUAUCAGCACCGUGGAGGAGAAGGUUUUGUCUCCAGAGGACACGGUGUACUUCCGGUCCGCCACGGGCAGUCUCCUGUAUCUCAGCAGGGGUUCGAGGCCGGAUAUUACCCACUCGGUGAUGGUGCUUACGAAGAGCAUGGCGAAACCGGGUCCCAAGGCGAUGGCAAAGCUGAAGCGGGUUCUCAGGUAUCUAAAAGGGACAACCACUAUCGGGAUCACAUACACCGAAGACGCCGACGGCGGAGACAAGCUAACGGCGUACGCGGAUUCUGACUUUGCCGGUGACCAAGACAAGGGCUACUCCACAACCGGUGUCGUUCUCUAUCUCGCAGGUGGCCCAGUGAUCUGGAUAGCCAAGAAUCAAACGGUGCUGGCCAUCUCCACGUUCGAGGCAGAAGUCGUCGCGCUGUCCAAGGCGUGCCUCAUGGUUAUACAUUUUCGAAAUUUGCUAGAGUCGUUGAAGAUGAAGCAGAAGCAAGCAACAGUAUUGUACGAGGACAACGCGGGUGCCGUAGCGUUCGCAAAGGGUAGCAAAAUCACGCCCCGCACGAAGCACAUCGACGUGAAGUUCCACCACGUCCGGCACCUAGAGGACCAAAACGUGGUAGAUGUAACUUACAUCGACACCAACAGGCAGAGGGCAGACAUAUUGACCAAAAGUUCGGGAGCUGUGAAGUUCCUGCAGAACCGCCUUAUUUUGCUUGGAGUGUGAGUACCUCCCCUUACCGAAAUC